AUGGAGACAACAACAGUACUCCUCUCUCACUCGAGCAGCAAGAAGCUUGUCACCAUUCCAAAUUACGAGGACUAUGAGUACCUCGAACAGGAGUUUUGGAAAGUGUUCAAAAUUGACCAGCAAACACAGCAAGAAAACAAAGUUUUGUUUCAAUGCUACAACAAAGAAUGGGAAGAGUUUGUAGACAUAGAGGACAAGAAGGACACUGUGAAGCACAUGGACAAACUAAAAGCAAUUCUUGUGCCCUUUCAACCUGCAAAAAGAGUCGACACAACUGGGCUGGAAGGAUGCCAAGAAACAUCGGACUCAACUACAUUGCUGCAGGACUCAACUACAUCAUUGCUCCAGGACUCGACUACGUCAUUGCUGCAGGAUUUACAAGAAACAUCGGACUCAUUGCUGCAGGAUUUACAAGAAACAUCAGACUCGACUACGUCAUUGCUGCAGGACUCGACUACAUCAUUGCUCCAGGACUCGACUACGCAGGAUCUGAUGAGGGAGCUAGAAAGGAUUACAGGGAAGUUAAACGCAAGGGAGGAAGUUGCACUGGAAUGGCAAGCUAUUGCACCUCGAAUAAUUGAUCAGGCCAAGCGGGAAACUUCCAGAAAAACAGUAGAGCUGUCUCUAACACAUUCAAACACUGAAGAAGCAGAGAUUACAGCUAUGGCAGUUCUACCAGCACUACUACCUGACCCUAGAACGAAGUGUGACCCGAGCAAAAUACUCCACAUAACACAGAAUGUGGAUGUAGAGGAAGCAAUUGCGGCAAAGAGUCAGCUUGAGCCGUACCUGCUGUUGGUCCAGGAGGACCAUAUCAUCUUUUUGGUCAUCGACAACAAAAUACUGGACCAAAUCCAACCCCGUGACUUACCGUUCUGCCUAAUGGCAGCAUAUUAUGUAUUUAAUAUUCAAUAUCCUAAAGCUUGUCAUAUGUUUUAUUCCUUCCUUGAAGUAUUUGUACUGAAAAUGGAGCCUGGUAAAGCUAGUACAAUUAAGCAUUUUUUGGCCAGGCUUAAAGCAUUGUAG